AUGCUUGAACGAAUAAAUAGUUUUGCAAGUACAAUGGCCGAUAUGGUUAAAUAUUCGUUUAUUAUUGAACCGGGCACAAUUACACCGCAUCUGUCGGAAUACGUUGCAGAAUUCCGACAACUAGAAACAUUCUUUGAGCGGAAUCCCCUAUCACCUGAGGAAGCGGAACAAAGCGCUUUCAAUCGAAAUUACCUCAAAGCAAGGAAUAGAUGUUAG